AUGGAAGCAGUGAGAAAAAGAAUACCUUUGACAUUUAUUACUGGAAACAAAAAGAAGCUCGAAGAAUUCAUGUCAAUUAUGAGUGAGGAUCUUGCUAGUAAAUUCAUAGUGAAUACCAAGGAAAUCGAUUGUAAAAUAUUGUUAGAUUUCUUAAUCUAUAUAAAGUGGAUGAAUUAUAAGGAGAGCCAGAAUUUAUAGCUUCAAGAAAAGCAAAAUUAGCAAGUCACUAGGUACCGAACCCAAUCAUUAUUGAUGAUGUGUCUCUAUGUUUCAACGCACUUAAGGGACUUCCAGGUCCAUAUAUGUAAAUAUUCAAUGAGAGAGCUAAUUCCUAUUAGUAAAUCUUUCCUUGAUAAGAUUGGCAGAUAAGGUUUAGUCAAUAUGGUGCAAGGUUUUGAAGACAGAACAGCAUAUGCUUAAUGUAUAUAUGCAUUCUGUGAGUCGCCAGAGCACGAGCCUUAACUCUUUGUUGGUAAAUGCCCAGGCUAGAUUGUUGCUCCAGCAGGUGAAAACAUGUUUGGAUGGGAUCCUAUUUUCUUGCCAGACGGCUUUACUGAAACUUUCGCUCAAAUGGACAUGGAAGAGAAGAAUAAGAUAUCUCACAGAGGCAGAGCAGGAGAGCUCAUUAAGGAAUAUCUCACAUCUAACUCUUAGAGAUUAUUGGAAAAGUUCGUUUUAAUUGUUUAGAAUAAGAGUAUUAUUGUUAUUGUUUUAAUGGAGAUAAAAACUUUCUUAAGAGUCAGGCCAGUUUCAAUGGCCAACUAAGAACUUUAUGAAAUCUCGGAAGACUCUAAAAGUAUCGUAAUAAAGGAAUCAGUCUUGGCAAGCUAGGGCAUGGGAAGGAAAAAGCAAGUAUAGAUGGAUGGCCCUCCGGCUGACUCUGAAUUCAAAUUUGAACAAAUUUUCAAUAUGGAUUCUAGUCAGAAUGAAAUUUAUAAAGCUACAGUCUUUCCUCUGCUAGAUCAAGCGAUGAAUAAAUAAUCUAAUACAGCAAUAAUUGCUCAUGGAGAAAACUAGACUGGCAAGAGCUAUACCAUAUUUGGAGUUGAGAACAUUUAGCAAGAGGAAUUUUCAAUUGAUUAAGAGGAUCCAAAGGAUACUAGAGGUGUAGUGAUGAAAGCUAUUCAUUACAUAUUCAAAAAGGCUAAGGUAGAAGGCAAGUCAGUAUCACUUGAGUGUCAAAUGCUUGAUGUUUACUUAGAUACUAUUAGGGAUUUAUCAAAGGGAAAAACUAAUAAAUUCAAUAAGCAAAGCGUUGCUAGCUAGAGUAAUCUUAUGUUUGAAAGAGAAAAAGAUGUUGAGAUAGAAGAGCUCGCUAAUGGAGACAUUAAACUUAACAACAUACAGAAUCUUGACUAUCAAAAAAAACUAGAAAAUGACAAUGGCCAAUUUAGAUCAUUUGCUCAUACAAUAUUCAUUAUUAAUCUGACCUAUGGCAAGGAGAUUAUUUCUUAGAUAUAUUUUGUGGAUCUAGGUUCUUCAGAGAGAAAGGGUUCUAAAAAGUAAAAGGAGGGAUUUGUAGUUCAAGGCAGUUUGGCAUCAUUCUAAAAGCUUAUUUGCUAGUUGCAGGUCAAACUUUCUGAUGAAGAGAGGGAGAUGCUUUAAUUUAAGGAUAAUAAAUUGUCAUUUGUCCUUAAGAAUUUAUACAAGGAAUACACAAGAAUAAAUUUCAUUUUUCAUGUAAGUAUUACUGAGUCUGGGUUAGAAACUGCUCUUAAAACACUGGAAACCAGUGAUCGAAUGAAAAGUAACUAAAUUGAUCGCAAAAAUGGAGGGAGUGGACCUGAUAAUGGUAACGGAAAUCUAAACGAAGGGGAAUAAUAAGAAUUCAGUAUUGAUCAACUUAUUUAACAUCUUAACAAAGAGAACUUUGACCUUAGAAAUUAAAUUGAAACUCUGAAGAGAUCGCAUAAAAUUAAACUAGAAGAAUUGCAGUAAAUACUUUAAUUGCCUGUGGAAAUAGAAUAUUUGCUCAAGAAUAAAGAAACUGCUCCUGAAAUGUAGAUGAUCCAUGAGCAGAGAAAAGCAAUGGAAAAAGCUGACUCGCUUAUCAAAGCAAAUAAAGACCUAGAAAAGCGUUUAGAUUUUCUAUAGACUGAACUCUAAGAGCUGAAGAAGGAUAAGAAGCUAUAAUAAGAAUAGUUUAGCUAAAAGUUCAUAGUCCUUAAUUCACAGAUUGAAUAGUUAAGAGAAGAUAAGGAGUCUCAUAAAAUGUAACUGGAGAAUUAACUACGAAUGAAUAAAGCAUACUCAGCUUAUGAUUUGAAACAAGUCUAGUAGACAGGUUAAAUGCUAGUAUCGUAGAAUCUGAAAAUUGCAAAGUAGCUCGAGAAGAAUGACUUAUUCAAGUCAGAGUAAGAUCAAAAUAAGAUUAAUGUUGAAAUGGAGGAUAUCAAAGAUAAGGUUAAAGGAGAUAGUGUGCUAAAAUAUUAAAGACUCUAUAGUCUUCAAAUCAAAGCUUAAGAAAAAGAAAUACAAAGAAUACAAGAGCAGUAUGAAUCUCAGAUAAAGAUGAAAGAAGAUCAAUUGUAAAAGUUAAUUGCACUCUACCAUAAAUAAAAAGCAAAAAGAGAAUCUGAGAUCAAAGAGGCAAAUGAAGAAUUGAAAAAGCUCUAUGAGGUAUUUAUUAAAUAAGACUAGAUAGUAUAAGGACUUAAAAGAGGAGAUUACAGUGGAGCUAGUAAUACUCUGCACAUACCCUAAAAAGAUAUGGUUCCUCAUCCUGAAAGGGAAAACUUUAUUCAGCUUACUAAGAUUUAAGAUAGCCAUGACGACAAGUCAUCUCGAACAUUUGGGAAAAAAUUUUCUCAAUCAAAAUUACUUAAUGAUAUCAAGCAUCAGAAGAUUUAAAGUAUGCACAUGACUAAUCAGUCAGACCACAUGACCUCAAUCAAUGCCUAUAGCAGCAACUAAAAUACUGGUGCAUAUAAUACCCCAUCUAAUGCAAAUCAGAACAUAGAUAUAAUGAAAUCAAACAUCUAAGAUCUUGAAUAUGAUCAAAUGAAGUAACUUGCUUCUAAAUUGCAACAAGAAAUUAAAAAGAUCAAGGCAAAGCCAUUAAAUCCUGAUAACAUUAGAAUUGAAAAAAUAAAAGAACUGUAGGAAGAAAGAGAAAGAUUGAAAGACUUAUACAUGGCUGAGUCAAUCAAAAACAGAGAAAGUUAAAAUUAAGCUACUGAUGUUAUGAGCACAUCUGGGGAUAAUAGACCUUCACAUACAGCAUCUGCUUCCUAGAGGCCAAUGACUACUGUUAGCUAAGGCAGCACAAUAAGAGGAGGGUUCUUUGUAACUUAGAUGGGAAACUCCAGACCUAAUUCAAGAUUCAAUUAGGGUGCUCCAAGAAGAAAUAUAAUUAUUAAGCAAUGA